UUUCGGGGUGGCUGGCGUGUGGGGCCCGCAGCAUGGCGAGAUAGCGGACGUGGCAGGUCGCCGUCGCUGAGGGGGGGUAUCGCCGGAACUGUUCCUCCCAUCCCGCCGGCGGCGGCGCGACGGUGGGUCGGAGUCGCGCGAGAGAUGGGAAGGAAGGGGAAGUGGCUCGACGCCGUGCAGAGAGUCCUGAGCACGUCGGAGAACGGCCGCGACGAGAGCGAAGGGAAGGGCAAGAGGUCGUCGGCCCUGAAGAGGAUACUGCACCUCAGCAAGUCGAACCCGUCCACAUCGGCGGCGGCGGCGGCGGCGGGGACCUCUCCGGCGGCUCAGCGACCACACCAUCAUCAUCCUGCACCAGCACCAGCACCAGCACGCCCUGAUCAGCAGCAGGAUGAGGGUAUCAAGGAGGCGAAAUUCACGGAACCUGGCAGCGAUCAAUCCUCGGCCGUCGCCGUCCCGGAGGACGCUGCCGCCGCCGCCGCUCCUCCAAGAACUACUCCCGCGCUCUCCGUCGAAGAGCUCGCCGCCGUCAGGAUUCAGGCGGCCUGCAGGGUCUACCUGGCAAGGAGAUCACACCAGGCGAGAGGGCUGGACCGGUUGAUGUCUCUGAUGGAGGGAGUCGCCGUCAGGCGCCAGACCGACGAAGCGUUGUACUGCAUGCAGACGAUGACGAGGGUUCAGACUCAGAUUCACUCCAGGCGGGUGAAGACGGAGGAGGACAAGAAGGCCGCGAAGAUCCAGGCCCACGUCAAACAGGGCCUUGACAAAGCAAAGAUCGGUGAGGGUUGGGACCAUGGCCAUCAGUCCAGGGAGCAGGUGGACGCCGUGCUGACGAUGAAGCAAGAGGCCGCUUCAAGGCGGCAGAGGGCGUUGGCGUACGCAUUUUCUCAUCAGUGGAGCAACAGGAAACCUUCGUCUGCGCGAGCUGCACCGCCUCCAAUGUUCAUGGACACCGGCAACCCCAGCUGGGGAUGGAGCUGGGCGGAGCGCUGGAUAGCGGCGGCGAGGCCGUGGGAGAGCCAGACCACGCCGGACAACGGCGGGCGUGCACCGCCGAUCAAAGGCGGCGGCGGGAGACGGAUGCCCAUAUCGGUGCAGAUACCCACGACACCGGGGGGCAGGUUCGCGCGGCCGCCGAGCUGCCCGUCGCCGUCGACACCCACGCCGCGGUCGCCCUCGGUGCCGUGGAGGACGUCGCCGGCAGUGCCGACGAGUCCGGCCGCCAGCCCGUUACGCAGGUCGGCGACGGCGACCGGCCUGCGCCGCACGGCGAGCCUGCAGUCGGAGCGGCCACGGAGCAGCCAGGAGCGUCGUCCUGUGGGGAGCAACAGCCCCGUCCAUGGCGAUAAAGGCGGCGGCGGCGGCGUCUUCUCGCUCCGGCGCUCGACGAGCCUCCGGUCGGGGGAGCUGCCGACGAGGCUGAGCCUAGGAGGAGGAGCAGCCCCCGCCCCAGCGACGGCGAGAGACGACGCGCCGCUGACGCCCAGCUACAUGCAGACGACCAAGUCGGUGAGGGCCAAGGCGGCCCGGCCGCCGGCGCUCGAGCUCCCCGCCGAGAGAACGCCUGAUGCGCCCUCGCCGUCGGUGAUCAACAGGCGCCUCUCCCUGUCUUCCGUGGACAAGGCGAGCGUCUCAUCGCCAACGAGCAAGGCGAAGGCCGACAGGUCGAUGCCGCGGCGCUCGCGGCCUCCGAGCCCAAGGAUUUAGCCGGCAAUCGGACUGGCGGCGAGCGCCGGCGACGUGGAUCGAUCAUCUUCAACUGCUUUCUCUUAGCUUCUUGUAUGAUUAAUUUGCAUUCUUUUCCUUUUAUCGUCUACUGUUAGUGUUUGACACAGUUUGAAGCUCAGUUUGAUUUACGUCGGUUGAGUAUGUAUCACCAUUAUGAAUAGCCAUUCUUUCAUAUUUCAUUUGGAAGUAAAUUUCA